UCGCUUUGUUCAGAAAUCUUUUAGCGCUUGGUGAGUUAUGACGUGUUUUUUCUCCGCCGUGAACAUUUUUCCUGCAAAACAAAAGUAGAUUUUUGCACUGCGCUGACACCGUCGUCCAUCUUGAAAAUUGGGUUCGCUCUCAGCGACGGUUCAGCUUGCUAGGACUUUUUCCGAGGAUAUUUUCCUGUUCUGCCUUUUCCUGCGAGUGACCUCCAGUAUUCGUGUGGUUUCUCCUGCAGAUUGCGACUGCGACGACACCCGCGGGGGCACCACGAUCGAUUUUUCUGCUGGUUGGUCCGUCGUCACUGCAGCCGCCGCCAUCUUGGAAGAGCGUGGAAUUAAAAAAUCGCACGAUAUUUGGCUGAGAGACUGUUUUUGGAAGGAAAAUACGAUUUGAAGCGUCGCGUGGCUGUAAAGAACAAGUUUAGAAGCUGGAAGCUGGCGGAUUGUUACGUAGGGCAUGUGUCCGGGGAGUAGUUGAAGGCAUAUUUUUCUUACCACGCCCUGGUUCGGCGCUGAAUUGAGCGCGCUCCGCUGAGAAGAAUUAAAAAGGAUUUUGAUUAAGAUGAAAAUGAAAGCAUUCGCUAAGAAGAAACCGUAAGGAAGAAGAAAACAAAGUCGUCACUCCGUGUGCAGAAAAAGAGAAAUCGUGAGCGCAAACAGCGCGAAAGCUCUCGCGAAGAAGCGUAACAAAAUCGUCGAUAAAGUAGACUAGCAGUUUGACAGUCAAAAUGCCACGGAUUGACCCAUUGAAGCUGCUCACGUGCCUCAGCGUGUUGCUGGCACCGAACGGCGGAAUCCGCAGUGCCAACGAGGUGAAGCGGCUUGCAAAUCUGAUGGCCAAGUUUUCCAAAAAGCUCGUGUCCAAGUGUAUCUACAUCCAGAUACUCAAGUGCACCGAAACGGACCUGCUCGGGCAGUUUAUGGCCGCGGGCGGGUGGUCGCUGGUACACAUGUGGCUGGCCGACGGCAUCACCACCAAGAACUGGCCCCUCAUUCAGGAGCUGCUCGAACUGCUGCUGUGCUGCCCGGUGGACGUGGAGCGGCUCAAGAGCAACACCGCGCCGAAGCUGGUCAAGUCGCUGUCCAAGGACAGCAGCCACGAGGGUGUGCGACUGCUGGCCACCAAACUCGUCGAGCAGUGGCUGAAAAUCGCCCGCAACGAUAUCCGUUCGGGACAGGUUACCGUGCCAGCUUCGGCCACGGCCGCACCGCCCACAUCGGCGGAGGCCGAAAGUUCCAACGACGAACCGGCCGAACAGCAAGACGUCGCCGACCAAAGCCAGGAGGAGAUCGUUAGCGAGACCGUGGUUGACGAGGAGGAGGAGGAGGAGGAGGGCGGAGAAACAAUAGUUCCGGACGUGGUGCCCGCUGACAACGGCGGAGAUGAUGCGUCCGAGGAGGUUGACGAAAGCGUGCGCGAGGAUGAUGAUCACGAGGAGGAGGAAGAUGUCGAGGGUGCGAAAGAUGAUUUCAAUAAAGCCGUUGCAGAGAGCAACGCCAAAAAGGCGCCCCUGUUGUUUAAAAUAACGAUGAAAAAUGGAAAGCAGGUGCUGGCCAAGGUUGAGUCGCCAACCAAGAAAAGCGCGGCGGAGCUCGAGGACAGUGCCGCUAAGGGAGAGGAAGAUGCGGCUGCAGACGAUUUGAAAGUAGAGGAUGCGAAGAAGGAGGUGGCGGACAUGGAUGGACAGCUGGACCAAACAGAUUCGGUUGAAAGCGUAGACAGUGCUGAGGCCCAGAAGGGAAAGGACGAGAAGAGUAAGGAUAAGGAUCGUCGAAAGAGUGACGAAAAGGAACGAAGCCGUGAUAAGGACAAGAGCUCUUCAAAGGAUAAAGAUAAACACCGGGACAAGGACAAAAAGUCCAGCAGCAGCAGUCACAGGUCAUCGUCUAAGUCAUCUUCGUCGUCAUCUUCAAAGCAUAACAGCAGCAGUGGCAGCAGCAGCAGUAAAACUAGCAAAAGCUCAAGCAGCAAGAGCUCAAGUAGCAGUAGCUCAAAGGACAAGGACAAAGAUCGCCACAACAGUAGCAUCGGCAGCAACCACAGCAGCAGUAGCAAACACAAGAGCUCGUCGUCGAAGUCAUCCAGCAGCUCGAAGAGCAGCAGCAGCAGCAGUUCCAGCGACAAGCAUCGAGAUCACAAGGAUAAAGACAAGUCGAGCAGUUCGUCGAGCAAGGACAAGGAGAAGGAAAAGGACGGUCAGUCGAAGGGUUCUUCGCCCUCGGUUAAUAAACUGCCUAAAAUUCCGAAAAAGCCACGAAACGAUAGUGUGGAUGAAAAGUCCGAUUCUUCUGCCCAGAAAAUGUCACCAUUAGCCACCAAGAAAGCUUCCAUAUCCAUUGAGAUGCGCAACCUUGACAACAGACCGAAAACGGUGAAAACGUACAACGCGAACUUCCGAUCGCACGGUUUGACUGAGGAAGCUCCUCCCCCACCCUCGCGUAAAGGUCUGAAGAAGCCAUCGUUGGGGACCACGACUGCCCCAGUGCAAGCGGUGGGUUCGACCGCUACGGGCACCGUUCCGACAAAACGCUCAUCGCCUACGCGUUCCUCGAAGGAUGGUCCACCGGAGAAGAAAACGCGCGAAGAUCCCACCGAACGGCCGGGUGCCAUUAAGCUGAUACCGGCUAAGCGACAACCCUCCCUCGUAGAAUCGGACAUGUUCAUGGACGCGCUGUCUGCUACACUCAAAAAGGACGUUAAAAAGCGGAAACGACGCCACAGUGGGUCCGAGGGAGGUGCCAAAGGGACUGAAAAACCUGCGCCCACCGCUACCACUCCGACAACUGAACUGGACAAGAGCAUCACUGAGCCGGCGUCGCCGGAGAAAACCGAAAAGGCUACACCUCCGGCCAGUCCAACGUCCGACCGGCCCGAAUCACCCGUCGUCGCUCCGGCAGUAAUCGCCGCAGUAAAAGAAGAACCCACCCCGGCUGUCUCAGUUCCCGCGUCACCGGAAAAGGUCACCGUGGCGCCGAUGUCUUUCUAUCGGGAUACCUUGGCCGAUUCCGACGAGCCGUCCGAAGCGAAGAAGGAAGACGGUGAGGACGGCGAUGCCAAGGUUAAGGUAGAAAAGGCUGCAGCCGAUGAAACGGCGGCGUCGGAGGACGUUGAGAUGAAGUCUGAAGAGAUCCCGGACACUCCGGCCGAGCCGGAGGAUGAUGACGAAGAGGUCAUCAAGAAGCCCAAACGGCUCAAGUCGGAACUGAACGAUGACGAAGAUGUCGAAGACAAGAGCAGUCUAUUGGAUGCUGUUAGUGAUGAUCUGUCGAAAAAGAUGGCGAACAUUGAGGAUGGAAUUGCUGACGUGCCUGAAAUACCGGUCAAGAAACCUCCGGGCCCAGGCUGUGGUCCAGACGGUCCGCCAGGAGUGUUGGUGAUUCACCGACGAAAGGGACCGAAGAAACAGCUCAAAUGGAAGGCGCAAGAUGAUCUGGAGGAAGUUCGGUACUUUGAGCUGGACGUUACGGAACGAUGCAACGUGACGAAAACGUUCACCGACCUGAAGCACAUGGAACGCGUGGACGAGCGUAACAAGUACAUGCUGUCGCGCAAGCUCCCGUCCGAGGAUAUCAUGAUGGAGAGAACACCUUGGCUGCCGCUGAUCGAGGUAGACAAUGUUCCGCCUCAUCCCGAUGGCGUCAACAGUCAGGAGAGAAACCUUCAGCGCAAUCGGGAACGAAGUGUGCUGCAAGCGUUGUACUUCAACCGCCACAUGAUCCCGGAUUCACCAGCCGAGCCAGACGUUGAAGUUUACUCCAUUUCUGAACCGAUUCACAUUCCUAUGGAUGAUGUUACCGGCAAUCCCGACUCGGUUAACGAUUUCACCAGUAUGCCAUGGCCGGAACCAAAGUCAACGCCACCUCACGAAUCAGCUGGAUUCAAUUCGCCAUUCUUCCCUGGUUCUGGAAAUGAAUUCCCACCAUUCGGCAACGCUGGUAGCUGGGACAUGCCUGGAUCGAGCACUGGUCCGUUUACGGGAAUGUUCCCCACAGGUCGGAUGCCUCCUGGAGUGCCGCCACCAAAUGUCGGCGGUCACGGACCACCGAACGGUAAUCCCAACAUGAUGCGUCCGAUGAACAUGCCUCCCAACAUGCCGCCAAUGGUUCCUCCGAAUAUGCCCCCUCACCCCAACAUGUUCCCGAACAACUUUGCUGCACGUGGACCACCACCACCGAUUCAACAGCACAUGAACGAUCGUGAUAUGGACGACAACUUCCGGAACGGACCUCCACCGCCGCCAGCAUGGAUGAACAAUAGCAACGGUGGACCAGAUCGCAACCGAGGACCUCCGCCAGGCCAUCAAGGCAAUUUUAACAACAACAACCGGGGCAACUUCGGUGGCGGACGAGGUGCAGGUGGGGGCAACUGGAACAACAACCGAGACAACGAUCGGAGCGGACCACGUGGGGGCAACUAUCGUCCACCGUGGCUGCAGAACAAUCGUGGAAAUAACCAGAAUCACGGCAGCAGGGGCCGUAAGUGGUAAAUGUUGAUGCGAGUUGUUUUUUUUUUCCUCCGACACAGUGACAUGGCAGAGCCUAGUGAUAUCUAGCAAUAAGUGUGGCAUUAACUAAAUGACUGAAGCUUGUUUCAAAGCCCACAAUGUUUGAGUUUAUUGUGUGCAGAUCUGCAUUCUUAAGCAUUUUGAUUCGUUUUACUUACCAUUAAGAGUGAAAAGCUUAAAGCCUUGAAGGUACAAAUAUCUUAAAGAAACCCCUAGUUCAUAGUUUUUAAUUUCACAUGCAUAAUUUUAUGUUUUGCGAAUUGGAUUAAUACUUGCUGUAAAUUUGUGUAAAUAGUAUGAACUUACCGUGGAUGACUAAAAUAAAGUCGGUUAUGUUA